AUGGGUUUAGCACCAUGUAUCAUUUCAUUUGUCCUGGGUCUUUUGGCAAUCGAUAUGUUCUGUGAUCAUUAUUUAUUCGUGUCCACGUCUCUUUCGUCCGAACAAUUGCAAACAUGUACCUCGUAUUAUCAAAACGCGUUUCGUCAACCGUGGUACACCUCCUUGACGACACUCGCUCCGAUACUAAUCGGUGCUUUGAUUAUGCUUCGAAAUAUAGUACGAACAAUUUAUGAUACAUUGAGUGUACCAGUGUUUCUUGGAGUUGUCGCUAUUUUCAUCCUUAAAAUUCAAAAGUCGAUUGAAUCAAUUUCGGUUGAUCUUCAAGCAAACGAUAAAACAAAAGAGAAAUAUCUACGAGAAAUCGCUGACAAUCAUGCGAUCAUCGGAGGAUUGCUAAUCGUAUUGUUGAUAUUGCAGAUCUUGGCAGAAAAACGAGUUCAUAAUUUGAAAAAGAAACAAGCAUGA